GUAUAACCUUGCAACUAGUUGGGCGACGGGGUCCACGCGCGGCUCGCACUGCUGACAUGACUUCGGAGCUGCUCUGGACUGCUCCUUCCACCUGCCGCUACACUGCCCAAGCCCGCCCGACUACCUACGGUGAUGUACAACGACUCGCACAUGCAGCUCCAGUUCUCCUUGCCGCGCGACUGUUUUCUUACGGGAUUGGUUCAACGUUAACCCCUGUCUUACACCGUCCUGAGUUGUCGCCUGUCCUAGGCGCAAGCUCAACACAUUGUGGACGCCGCGUUAUUGGCGAGAGCCACGGAUGGCCCAAUACACCAUGUAUGGGGGCAUGUCGCACCUGUGGAGGGCACUGCUGGGCACUAUCGUUCUCGGCCGCCUCGGCUACAAGUACAGCGGCGGUGCCGGGGCCGGCGGGCAGGGCGAGGCGGCAGUGCAGCCACCUGUGCGCGAGCUCGGCGUUGUGGACCUGCUGGCGCUUGCAGGCGCCGCAGCCUGCGCCGCACGGAGCUGCAGCAGGGCGCGCGGCGCGGACUUCAACGUCCUGGUCGUCUGCAACGACUGCCACAUGACGUGGGACCGUGACGAGAACGCGUCCCUCAACAUGCGACUGCUGUUGAUCUUGCAGCUCCUGGGCCACGACCGGCCGGCGGUCUUCUGCCGGCAGGAGGACGGCGCGGCUUGUUGAAGUUGACUUAGUUGCUGGAGGUUCCCCGCUGCCGCCUCCCGACCCGUGUGGGGUCGCGGUGUCUGGGCGAGGCGCUCUUUGCGUGCAACCAGCCUGUUCAACCAGGUGUGUUUGUUUGAGGUUUAUGUCGGUCAUGCGACGCCUUGCAGUAAAUGGCUGUGGGGGAGCGCUGAGACGGACAUCCGUUGCGACAGGGAGGUUGGUGUGUAUUUGUGGUCAGGAGAUUGGUGUGUGUGGAGAGGUGCCACAGCUCACCACCCACUGAAGAUGCCGGUGAGUGGGCAAAAUUGGUGGUGUGCCAGCCAGCAGCCAUCCAGCGGCUUUGUUGUGACGCUAGUGACGCAGUAACUCCGGUUGGACCCGGUUGGACCCGGUUGGACU